CUGUUUCCCGGUCUAUUCCUGGUUGUUCCGCAUUGCUGUCACGCCGCAUCAAACGCUGCCGUCAUGGCGUCGGCGGUCGGUCGUCUUCACCGGGUUUCGGCGUUCACAAAGGUCCUCUCCUCUCGGCUGACCCCCUCCAAGACCGUGACAGCGUGCAGGACUGCUGUGGGCUCCUCCUCCGGGGCUAUUCUGCCCAAACCCAAGAAGACCACCUUCGGCCUUUUGCGGAUUGCGGUGGUAGUGGUUCCCUUCUUGUAUGUGGGGACUCAGAUCAGCAAGAACUUUGCUGCUCUCCUGGAGGAACACGACAUCUUCGUCCCUGUGGACGACGACGACGACGACUGAGGGACCAUCGCCCGUGACAACAGAUUGUUUUGUUGACAAAUCUGGUGAAUUCUUCGCCGGACUUCCUUUGCCCCCGUUUGGACAAGAUUAAGGACUUUCACUGUCUUCGAUGCAGCUUGUAUUAUUGUGAAUUUGCAUGCGGUACUAAAAGCAAGCGGUCCAUACAUAGGAAGUCCUACCACACCUUGCGUGGAAUGAACACCGAAGUCACUCACACUGUAAACAGAUCACAUGACGGACACACAAUAGAAAUAAAUUAAACUGUCAUUAAAAAAAAAUCAAGCUGUCACUGAGCAGAUCCUUUAACAUGUUCAAGGAUACCAUCAAGGGUGGUUGCAGAGUUGGAGUGUUGAGUAGCUUUCCUUUUCUUUGCCACACUGCCAUCGGGAGAGCAGGAGGAGCGAAGACGUCCUUCCUUAAAGUACUUAGGAUUACUUAAUUAUGUACUUUUACAUACCAAACACUUUGGUCAAAACUAACUUUUAGUUUAGUUAAUUAGGUCGACACUAUGUCAUUUAUGGAAGUGUGACCUGAUUGACUUCAAUUACAAUACUAAAUUUAUUUCU